AUGGCGACAUCGCCGACAUCAGGCGCGUUUCCUGGCCCAUUCACCAUUACGCGAACCAAGGUCUUCCUGCUGGUUUCCCUGGCAUUGACCUGGUGGUUUGCCUCCCUGUUUCCGCACUACAAGCCAGUGAUUCAGGAGACGUUCAAGGCGAGAUUAAACGAUGCGCUCCUGAAGCUACCAUCCAUCCAAGUCGACUGGGACACGUCGGUGGAGGUUUCUGAGGCAUACAAUGCGUCCAAAGUCGCCAUCAUAAUCGAGCCAAGGCCACUGCCGCAUCUUGUACCGCACAUCUUGUACAUGAUGAACGUGGUGCCCCCUGAAUGGCGCUUUGUCUUCAUAGGCUCAAAAGGUAGUGUAACGGGCAUGGAGGAGUCGGCGGCCGUCAAACACCGCCAAAUCAUCGGGAAGCUGGACUUGAUGGUGCUGCCGGAGCCUUGGGAGAUUGACUCCAAGGAGAAAGUGUUUCGAACACUGACGGAUAUCCGAUUUUACGACGAGUUCUUGCCGGGCGUCGAAUAUUUGUUAAAGUACGAGGCCGACAGCAUCUUGUGCGCCAAUUCCGAGGACAGCUUGAACGACUGGCUGGAUUGGGACUUUGUUGGCGCACCGAGGAGGGCAGAUGAUCAUUUUGCGGGCAAUGGCGGUCUGUCACUUCGACGUGUGUCAACCAUCAAGAGGGUGCUCAGCUUCCAAGCCAGAUUGAACGACAGCGACCCCGAGGACGAGUGGUUUGGAAAGCGCGUCUAUGUCUUGCCGGGCGCCAAGGUUGCGUCGGGUGUUGAAGAGGCUCUGGCGGUAGAAGACGUCUACCGCGAGGGAGCCAUGGGCUACCAUGUUCGUGAUGGUGGCAAUAACAUUGCUGAUGCUGUCUGGAAGCAGCCUGAGCAAAGGAAGAAGAUAUUUCAAUAUUGCCCAGAGUUGACCAUGAUCAUGGAGAUGAAGCUCGAGAGGCAGCGGUGUCCAGGGGAUAAGGGGACGGGUCGCGAAUGA